UCUCUGUUGUGUUUUGGUUGUUGGCCUAAUUUAUGUUGACGCGCCGUGUCGCGAAAAAGUGCAAAAUUAAUAUAAUAAAUAACGAUUAAAUAAUGUUACAAAGAUAGUGCAAACUUUAAAUUAUUCACCAACAUUUUCUUAAAGCUAGAUCCUUAAGUGCAUUGCGAAAAAAGCAGCUGUCUCAGCCAACGGUGGUCACUUGCCAUUGUCCGUAUUGGCAUUUGCACUGUUUGCGUUCAUUGAUCUCUCCUCUCAACCCUCUGCCGAAACGUUAAAGGCACCAGCUACAAAUACACAUAUGCAUAAACAAGUACAUUGAAACAGCUUUAGAAGAUUAAAAGUUAAAGGAUGUGUCAUUGUGAAACGGCAUCCAUCGAUUUAAGGAACUGAAGUGGACGAUUUAAUACCUUUUAGCUGAAUUUAAUUAAAAAUAAAAUACGGAGCUACUCUCUCUCACAUACCUACCACUCAUACGUUUACUCGUGCAACAACGAAAAUACGACUAUCUCAAAAGCAACAAAGUCGCUUUGAAGAAUUAUUUAUAGUUAUUAAAGAAAAUCAAAAACAAAAACAAAAACAAAAACAAAAACCACAAAAUGGUGCUGGUAUUGAAUGGUGUUUUGCAGGACGAUUGUCCUAUGGACACAAACAGUCUAUUCCUGCAACACCCUGUAUACAGAGAUUAUGCCCAACAACUACUAUCCAUACCGACAAAAUCCGUUGGUCCCGUGGGACUACUCUAUGUGGGCCAACGUGAAAUGGCCGCAGCUGCGCCGCACGACAAGAACAUCAACAUUAUUGGCGCCGAUGAUGCCACAACGUGCAUCAUAGUUAUGGUCAGGCAUUCAGGUUCAGGCGCUGUAGCUUUGGCCCACUUUGAUGGCACCGGUGUGGAUGAAGCUGUUUGCACAAUGGUCGCACGCGUUCAAGAGUUGGCCUUAGGUUAUCCGGAAGGACGUAUUGAGUUACAAUUAAUUGGUGGCUACCGAGAUCCGCAAGGAUAUGGCGAAGACGUUUUCUAUAGCAUAAUGCAAUCAUUCCACAAACAUCAUCUCGAGAUCGAUCUAACUCAAGCCUGCGUCGGUGAGCUGAAUACUAUACUGCGCGGCGACAUAAACUAUCCGAUAAUUUAUGGGGUUGGCGUCAAUAUAAAAACCGGGGAAAUAUUCCCAGCAACAUUCCCAGACCGAGGACCGGAUAGGCAAUUGCGUGAUGCACGAAAUUUUAUGGGUGCACAAACGGUACUGGACAUAUACGACUCAUCGCUGGGCAUGUUACGCAUCGGCCCCUUUAACUAUGAUCCGUUACGUGGCGCUGAUUUGUGGCUCUCGCAAACAGAUGAAUUCCUAUUGCAACAUUUGUCGACGAGUCCAGAUGUCGAGCCGCCGCAUUUCACUAUGCAGAUACGCGCCACUAUAAAAUUCAUACAGGAUAAUCAAUUUCCCGCAAUUACGGUUUUCCGGGACAAUCGACCACGCUACUUUCGGCGCGAUGAGACUACGGGCUGUUGGACUUUGGUUAGAUAUUAAUUACAAAUACAAUACGUGCUCGCAUAUUUGCGUAUUUGCUUAAAGCGAAAUACACUUAGUGUUAUUAUAAGCUGCGUUUUAUUUUACAAGUUUUUUUUUUUUUUGAACUGUUGCUGCAUUGACUUUGUAUCAGCUCCACUUUUGUACUCAUACAUAUGUAAAUUUCAAGUGUUAAUUUUUUAUGCCUGUUUUCUUUUAUGGCUUAACAUUUUUUUUUUCUUUACUUGUGUGCUUAAUCCAGUUAAUUUAGUGUAGAAUCAUGUACCGAUUUUUUUCUUUUUGUUGCAUGUAGAUUCUUAUUGUUUUAUUUGAAUUAUAUCGUUGGAAAAAGGCAGCUACCGGAGUAUAUAUAUGCCCACCCAUGCAUAAAUAAAAGUUGUAUGUUUUAGAAAAUGAGAGCUUAUCAUAUGAAAAUCAUAUAUGAUCAUUAUAUGAAAAUCAAACAAAUUUUUCUAAAUAUGAUACUACCGAAAUCAAUUACGAAUGCGUGAAUGUGCAUAACUGUGUGAUUUAGAUAAACCUAAACACUUUUCUAUGAGCUUUAAUUUUGCGGGAGAAAAAAUGGUAAUAAAAGCAUAUCGCUAGCUCGGAUUUAGAUUUUGCAAAGUGCGGAUUUACUGAAGGUGAUAUGAUCACCAAGUUCCCCAUCACUCACCACUUUUAGAAGGGGCCUCCAUAGAAAUUUCUGAGAAUCUGAAGGUCAAAACACCUCAACAUCUGCUUCUUUAGGCGGAAAACCUAAAUUCAAUUGGUGUAUAUGGCCAAAAGAAUGGCAGCGAUUUUUAUUUCAAUUUAAUAGAAUUAAUAUGACUUAUUCCAUAUUUAGCUGCAGACAAUUUCCGGCCUUGAGGGCCAGAUUAGCCUAACUGACAUUUCAAAAAAAAAGUU